UAAAUAAAUAAAUACAUAAAAUAAAAUAAAACAUUAAUGAACAUUAAACAUUUACAGCCUGACUUGUGCAUUUGCAGUAUCCUGACCUCUUACCGCCUGUAAUCUUAUUUGUUUCACAAUAGCUUCCUUGUAAAUAAGCGUGUGAGAGAGACUGAAAGAAAUGUUUGUGAAUGUGGGCCAAUCUCAUUGAUGUCACGCGAAAUUCAACAGGCGCACAAGACAGAGUCUGAUUCCUCUACACUCCGUCCUCACUCAGUAUUUGCGGACUGAAGACAAAUGACAGUUUCUUGAUGGAUUUUACAGCAUAAAACUUUCUAUAAGCAUCUGUGUGUGGAUCUAGGCAGCUGAGAUUCUUCUGUUGAAGUGAGUGGAACUAACCAACUCUAUUUUGACUGACUGCGGAUCUACUUUUGGGUUUAAAAAGUCAUUAUGGUGUCAUUUGGUACGGUAUUGGCUGUGGUCACGCUACUUUCAAUUAUGCCAGUUCUGAGAGGAAGAGUAGAAAGUGAAACUCAACAAACUGGGACUCCGACCAUGAUGUUCAACAUCCCAAACACCGAACAAACUGAAACACAUGAGAGAUUGGAUGAUGUUUUUUUAGAUGAGACUUCAAACUUGCUCAAGGGUCUAGAGUUCUAUGCUAGUGCUGAUGAUUUUUCUAGAAAUGCUGUGGUUGAAUCAACUAAUAUGUAUUCAGUAGCUGAUUCCAUAACAGCCAGAACUGAAUGUAAUGAAAUUAACUGUGAAGAUGAUAAUAUUGUACACAAGGGGCCUGAGAUGGAUAAGAACUUGAAUAAGAUGGGAUGUGAAAGUGAAUGCAUAAUUAAUUCACUGGAUAGGACCUCGUCUGAUGGUUUGGAUGAUAACUCUAGUGGAGAUCCAGUGGUCAUCACACAUCUCGGGCGAGUUCGUGGCCGUACUUUGGAUAAAGCUCAGGUGUUCUAUGGGAUUCCAUAUGCAGACCCUCCUGUGGGGGACAAACGCUGGGCUCCUCCCGCACCCGUGACACCUUGGUCUUACAUGUAUGACGCCACAUUUCCCCGUCCUGCUUGCAUGCAGGUGUGUGUUGGUGAGUUCUCACGGAUGUGUCCUCCUAAGGUUAGUGAGGAUUGCCUGUAUCUAAACGUCUUUGUUCCUGUAAGCGUCAACCUGUCGUUGCCGAUAGCAACACCCCUGCCAGUGAUGGUAUGGAUUCAUGGCGGUGAUUUCAUCGCUGGCUCUGCCUCCAAACCUCUAUAUGACGGCCGCUUCAUCAGUAACUAUAGCAACACAGUAGUUGUAAACAUGGAGUAUCGUCUCGGAGCGUUUGGCUUCUUAGUCACAGGCAAAGAUCCCGAGAGCUCCGCAGUGGGGAAUUAUGGGAUUCUAGACCAGCAGGCAGCACUGCGCUGGGUCCAAGAAAAUAUUGCAGCUUUUGGAGGAGACCCAAAGAAGGUUACUCUGUUUGGCGAAAGCGCUGGAGCCCAAUCUGUGUGUCUUCAUCUGAUGAUGCAGAGCAGCGAGUCUCUGUUUAGACAUGCAGCCAUACAGAGUUUACCAUUCCCUUUGCCACUGAAAACCAGAUGGGAUGCUAUGAAACUGGGCUGGGAUUUUGCAAAACUGACUAACUGCUCAGCAUUUGAUCUGCCCUGUCUGCGCUCUCUCAGCUCACAAGACAUUCUCAAUGCCCAGGUUAAAUCAGGUUCUAAGAUCAUCAACCCAUUUCGUUUCCUGGAAGCCUUUGAGAUAUGGGGGCCGUUCCUUGACGGAGGGCUGAUCCAGGAACAGCCAAUCACAGCCUUCCAAACAGGCCACUGGCAGAGUUACAAGCCCGUUAUACUUGGUACAACCUCUGAGGAAGGCGUCACCUUUGUGUACAACGUUUUCAACCAGUCCUUAUCAAUGCUGAAAUGCGUGCUCUACACUGCUGCCAUUUUUAAGCAACAUGCACUUAAAAUUCUGCACAAAUACAUUCCCUUCUACCGAAACCAGGACAGAAGAGUGAUGCUUUCACAAAUUGUCACGGAUUACAUGUUUCUGUGUCCGGCUCGAUAUGCUGCUCAUUCUGGAGUGAAAGUCGGUGGAGCCAUUUGGCUGUAUGUAUUCGACCACGCUCCAUCGGAUCACAACAUAUGGGCGGGGCUUCCAUUCUGCUACAAUCAUACCUGCCAUGGGGCGGAGCUUCCCUUUCUAUUUGACUCAGCCUCUAGCACUAACUUCACUUUUACACCACAAGAGACCCUUCUGGCCAAUCGGAUGGCGUGUUACUGGGGAACAUUUGCCCACACGGGAGACCCAAACUCUCGAAGUGAACAGACGCAGUUUUGCACACAGCAGAGGCUGCCUGUUUGGCCACGGUACACGGCUACAGAGGGCUGGCCCAUCCUGAACCUGACUCUACAGUCACACCCACAGCACGGGGACAGGGACCAUUUCUGUGACUUCUGGGAUCGGCUGGACAUCUAUUGAAGGGAGGAGACUGAGCUGGAGGAAAGACAUGCAAGAUCAGGGCACCAACAAUUUUGAUAAACUCUUUGCUAUUCAUUAACCAUUCUGCUUUUCCUUUUUUAUUCAAAUAUAAUCUUCACAUAGAUAUAAUCAAUGACAGGGCCAGUAUAAUAAC